AUGCCAGUCAAAGUAAAAUGGAAAACCGUUUACGCGGCAGUAUUGGUGUUGGCCGUCGAACUGGCCUCUGGUAUGUUCGUACAGAGACACUGCAAUCAUUUGUACCCCAAACCAGACGAGGUAAUACAUGGAGUGCACAUUGAAUCACCGCACAUAAUGAGAAAAAGAAGUGUGAAUCAGCCGCUGCGAAUUCUUCUCUAUUACGACGAGAGCGUGUACAGGCUUACUGAAGAGAAAUUUCAGCUAAUAAAUAAUACCAUACUACCGGAAGCUGUACGUUUUUGGGAACAAGCACUCAUGGUUCGCAAAACUGAAAACGUUAUUCGACUCAACCGAAAAUGUGUUAACAAUCAAGUUUUUUAUCGAAAAGGGGAUCCUCAUCCAUACUGCAAGAAUGCGUGUGAAGACCGAACAAUGUGCGGUGAAGUACAAGUUCCCGAAGAGCAUUUGGAGGCAUGCAAAACGUGUAACGCAUCAGGCAUGGAUUGUGGCACGGGAACAUCAAAAUCAGGCGUGGGCAUUGAAGGAGCUGACUUCGUGUUCUAUGUAAGCGCAAUGGAGACGGAACGGUGCCACAAAGGGUUGACGGUGGCGUACGCAGCUCACUGCCAGCAGGAAUCGUCGCUGGACCGGCCGAUUGCCGGACAUGCCAACCUGUGUCCAGAGAGCAUCAGCACUAAGCCGCAGGAGCUCGAAGUGCUCCUAUCCACGGUCAAGCACGAAAUACUGCACGCGCUCGGUUUCUCUGUAAGCCUGUUUGCAUUUUACCGAGACGCUAAUGGGUAUCCACUGACUGCUAGGGAAGACAACGGCAAGCCCAGGCUCAACGAGAAACUUCAAGCAAGGCAGUGGAGUGACAAAGUAAUCAAGACGGUGGUAAGACGCAAUUGGAUAGUACAUGGCGGCGUGGUCGACAAAGAAGUUCAAAUGAUGGUUACACCUCGAGUCGUAGAAGAAGUUCGUAAACAUUUCAACUGCUCAUAUUUAGAGGGAGCUGAACUGGAAGACCAAGGGGAAGAUGGAACUGCUCUCACUCACUGGGAAAAAAGAAUUUUUGAGAAUGAAGCAAUGACUGGUACUCACACACAGAAUCCUGUGUAUUCGCGGUUAACUCUAGCUCUGAUGGAAGAUACUGGAUGGUAUAAAGCUAAUUAUUCAUUAGCCCAGGAUCUCAGUUGGGGCAAAAACUUGGGUUGUGAUUUUGUAACAAAAAGCUGUAAACAAUGGAUGGACAUGAAACGUGCCAAAAGCCAAUCCAUCCAUCCAUUUUGCAAUAAGGUGAAAAGAGAUCCUCUGGAAACUGAGUGUACGGAUGAUCGUAGCUCGGUAGCAUUGUGCAACCUAGUCGAACACGUACAGCCAUUACCAAACUUCUAUCAGAACUUUGAUAACAUCCCACACGUAACACCCGGUCGUGAAGCAUAUUACGGAGGAUCUGUAAGUCUAGCGGAUUAUUGUCCAUAUAUACAAGAGUUUAUAUGGAGGUCCAAAAGUGUGGUGAUAAGAGGAUCACAUUGUCAGUAUCCAGAAAAUAAUCCACAUCCGGAUAAGAACUUUGCGUUAGAAGUAUAUGGAGACAAUUCUAAAUGUUUCGACCAUACUAAUCAGAUGUGGGAAGAACAAACGUGCAAACAAGUUAGACAAUGGCAACACUGGGGCUCUGGAUGUUACGAAUAUAGCUGUCAAAAUGGAAGACUUCAUAUUGUUGUGUCCAACCACACGUACACGUGCUACUUCCCGGGCCAGGAAUUGGUCAUCCGGCUGGUGGCCAACGGUUGGCUGCACAAGGGCGUCAUUGUGUGUCCGGCGUGCGAGGAGUUGUGCGGCGGCGGGUCGGACGACAACAAGUGCAAGCCGCCGCAGGACGUGCCGCUCACCGUACCGUAUCACCGCGAACAACUAGCAUGCGGCGGCACCGCCACAGUCGCCGUCACGGCCGCAGCCGCUGUCACCACGGUAACCGUCGCCACGCUGUUACUCAUGAUCUCGACGUGAACAAACAACGAUGUGAUAAUGUUAAAACAUAUAUUAUCGUAUUUCGUUUAUCAUUCCCUCUCCCUUUCAUUAUCUCAUUAUCUAUAUCUAUCUCUUCCUAUUUUUUAUUUCGUUCGUCCCUCUAACCGCUAGGGCGCUUUCGUGUGUGUGUAUUUGUGUAUGUCGUGUGUAUAUAUAAUAUUCCUUGUCUAUAAAAAUAUAUACAAAAGAUAGUAAUUUAUGAUCGUAAUCGUAGUCAUCGCAGCAUUCCUAAAUCGUUGCGCGCUUGUCCGGAGCGCAAAUUUCAUCGCACUCUGUAAUAAAGUGAAUAACAUGAAUAACUAUAGAUCGACGCAGAUAUUUACGCAUCGAUAUUUUUCCAACCAACAACACAGUAUACGCAUAGAAUUAAUAUAUUGCAUCAACGCAACGUAGGUACCCCCCCCCCCCCGCACCAAAAAAAAAUUGUACCGCAAUCGUGUCGGCAUGUCUUAUGAACAUGUUUCUAGGCAUAUAGGUAAAUCGAUUUUUACGCGCGAUUUACGAACUAAUGUGGUCAUCCUCCAGGCUCCAAUUGGAUUUGCGAUCGCAUGCACGUAUCCGCCGUUUGAUGUACAGUCUACACGUAUACAUCUCAGGUACAAGAUGUUACAAAGUGGUAUUUCACCAUUAAACAAUUUAAUUUUUGGACUUGACCUUCACUGUACUAUAAUAUAGUAUAAUGUGCAACGUCUGAACAAAAUUAAAUUAUAUAAAAUAUAUAAAUGUUAAUGUGGAAAUAUUGACAAUCAAAUUAACAUUUCUCAAUUACCUACUUAUGCAAGCGUAUUCGCUUUUCCCAGUUUUUAGAUGUUAUUUAUUGGCUAGUAACUCUUAUAAUUUUUUUUUAUUUUGAUAAUAUGAUUUAUUUAUUAUGAAGUUUCGAUUUUUCUUUAUUGCGUUCCCACUUAUUAUUUCUGUGAUAGCUUGAUUCCAUUUUGUUAUUUUUAUAGCGUACAAUUUUCCAUUGUAAAUAUCGAUCGUCCUCGUGUUGGAGGUAUACAACGUUUUCGUAAUAUUUCUGGACUAGGGUCAUGGACCGUGGAAUACAAAAGUAAGUUUUCUUCUAUUGGAGAUGUUAAGAAUGUUAAAAAUUAAUAGGUGCUAGAACCAAUCCCAGUGAUGAAAAUGCUCAUGUAUGGAUAUAAAUAUGAAAUAAAAAGUAAUCAUUUUAAUUGUAAUCUAAGUUAGAAAAACGUUAGAAAAAAUAUUAAUGAAACGUAUAGGUAUACCAUGUGUCAUUAUAAUCAUUAGAAUUCUCAUGAUUUGUAUGUAAUAUUUUUAAUUUUUAAUUGAAGUACGUAUAUAAAUUAUUUAGUUUGCCUACUUCAAAGUAUACAUCCUGUCAUUGAUAUAAAGAGUAUCCGAGUGGAUACAUGUAUUAUCUAUGUUUGUGUAAUGAUAUGUAUUAAAUGGCAUUAUAAGUUUUUUUACCAACUCUGUACAAAAAUAUGUUUGUUAAGAGUAAACAGCUAUAAUCUAACUUAUUCCAUUUGAUAGAACAAUUUUGUUAACAAAAGGAAAAAAUAUCAAACAAAGAAAAUUGUUUUAUAACCAAAUUUUUAAUCAGUAUUUAAGCUUACAAAAGUUUCUUUUUUUAAAAUUUUAAACUAAAAUAUAUCAUUGAAAAAAACUUCUUUUUAUUCCGUAAAUAUAAUAAAACAUAAGUCGCAAUAAAUAUCUAUUUCGUUACUGCCAUGGCCAAGGUACGUACUUCAAUCAAUAUUUGACUUUCGUUAUUCGGCAUAAAUAUUCCGAGUAUAUUAUUUUAGGUAGAUAUUAUUAUGUAUUUUACUGUUUUCGUGCACGAAUAAAUGGCCAGAGGCCGGAUAUUUAAAAAUGCUCAAAAAUAAAUAAUAAUAUUCUGAUAUACUACAAACAAACAUUCCACACUUCCAGACUCCAAUAUAUACGUAUAUAAUAUGUGUAUUUUGUAUAUACCUACUGCCCUACUAGUUAGAUACUGCUUGGUGCUUUAGUAGAAUUAAUUAAUUGUUUGAGCGGAUGUAAACAUUUACAAUUGAAAUGGAACAUUAUGCCAUCAUAAGAUGACGUAUUUUUUUAUCAGUAAAUCUUCUAUAAUUUUAUCUUCUGUAUCCUUAUAAUAUUAUGUGUAUUCUAUAUCAUAGUUACCUACCAAUUUGUAUUGUGUAAAGAUAUUAUUUUUAUUUUAUUUUUAAGUACCUAUUGUAAUUACUAAUUACCAAUUUAUAAAAUAUAUUAUGUUUAUAAGUGUCACUAGACGUUAAGUUGUGAAUAUGCGUUUUUUUCAACUAGGAUUAGUUUUAUAGUGUAUAAUAUGUAAAAUUAAAAAUAACGCAAAUAUUAUACCUAUUAUGUCUGGAUGAUUUCCCUCAAAACCACACCCUAAUAAUAUUUGAUAAAACUUUUUUGGUAACCACUAUUGGUACUUAUUGUUUAUUUUACCCUCAUUAUAUUGUUUCUAAAUUAUAUAAAUAAUUACGUACUAUUAAGAACUAUAUAAUUGUAUACCUAUAGUACCUAAUACUCAUAUUAUAUAGAAUCAUUUAUCGUG